AUGGCCGAAGCAGAUGGAGAUUUUGAAGGGGGUGAUGCUGGAGCCAGUAACACUUAUCCAAUGCAAUGUUCUGCACUACGUAAAGGAGGAUAUGUCAUUCUUAAAGGACGUCCAUGUAAAAUAGUCGAAAUGUCUAUCAAAACUGGCAAACAUGGUCAUGCUAAGGUUCAUUUAGUUGGUACUGACAUCUUUACUAGUAAGAAAUAUGAAGAUAUUUGUCCAUCCACUCAUAAUAUGAAUGUACCUCGUGUCAAACGAACUGACUAUCAACUCAUUGAUAUUGAUGAUGGAUUUCUGAGUCUUAUGACAGACUCUGGUGAUACUAAAGAUGAUGUAAAACUUCCUGACAAUGAAGAAGGAAAAAUUAUAAAGGAGAGAUUUGAAAAUGGAGACACGCUGUUAGUAACUGUUCAAUCUGCAAUGGGAGAGGAGUCUGUGACUGGUACUAAGAAUACCAAAGAUUAA